UCACAGGGCUGCCAAAUAAAAUACAGAACACCCAGUUAAGUUUGGAAUUCCACUAAACGUGAAAUUUGGAAUGUAUUUACACUAAAAAAUUAUUUUUUAUCUGAAUUUCACAUUUAACGUGUGUCCUGGAUUUUCUCUGGCAGCCCUGUAUCCCCAGAGCCCUGUGUGUGCCUCUGCCCUGAUGCUCCGCCCCUGCCCCUCAUCCUCCCCACGGGCAGAGGCCUGAGUGGGCAGAAUCCCGCCCCCUUCCCUGCCCGGCCUGCAUACACUACGAAGUGCCCCUGAGCGAGAGGGCUCGGCCCAUGGCCUGCCUGGGAUGUCUCCCGCAGGGCCUGACGGAGGACGAGGACGUGCGCGCCAUGCUGCUGGGCUCCCGGCUCCGCAAGAUCCGCUCGCGCACGUGGCACAAGGAGCGGCUGUACCGGCUGCAGGAGGACGGCCUGAGCGUGUGGUUCCAGCGGCGCAUCCCGCGCGCGCCGUCGCAGCACAUCUUCUUUGUGCAGCACAUUGAGGCAGUCCGCGAGGGCCACCAGUCCGAGGGCCUGCGGCGCUUCGGGGGUGCCUUCGCCCCGGCGCGCUGCCUCACCAUCGCCUUCAAGGGCCGCCGCAAGAACCUGGACCUGGCGGCGCCCACGGCUGAGGAAGCGCAGCGCUGGGUGCGCGGUCUGACCAAGCUCCGCGCGCGCCUGGACGCCAUGAGCCAGCGCGAGCGGCUGGACCACUGGAUCCACUCCUAUCUGCACCGGGCUGACUCCAACCAGGACAGCAAGAUGAGCUUCAAGGAGAUCAAGAGCCUGCUGAGAAUGGUCAACGUGGACAUGAACGACAUGUACGCCUACCUCCUCUUCAAGGAGUGUGACCACUCCAACAAUGACCGUCUAGAGGGGGCUGAGAUUGAGGAGUUCCUGCGGCGGCUGCUGAAGCGGCCGGAGCUGGAGGAGAUCUUCCAUCAGUACUCGGGCGAGGACCGCGUGCUGAGUGCCCCUGAGCUGCUGGAGUUCCUGGAGGACCAGGGCGAGGAGGGCGCCACGCUGGCCCGCGCCCAGCAGCUCAUUCAGACCUACGAGCUCAACGAGACAGCCAAGCAGCACGAGCUGAUGACACUGGAUGGCUUCAUGAUGUACCUGUUGUCGCCGGAGGGGGCUGCCUUGGACACCACCCACACGUGUGUGUUCCAGGACAUGAACCAGCCCCUCGCCCACUACUUCAUCUCUUCCUCCCACAACACCUAUCUGACCGACUCCCAGAUUGGGGGGCCCAGCAGCACCGAGGCCUACAUUAGGGCCUUUGCCCAGGGAUGCCGCUGCGUGGAGCUGGACUGCUGGGAGGGGCCAGGAGGGGAGCCCAUCAUCUAUCACGGACAUACUCUCACCUCCAAGAUUCUCUUCCGGGAUGUGGUCCAAGCCGUGCGUGACCAUGCCUUCACGCUGUCCCCCUACCCUGUCAUCCUAUCCCUGGAGAACCACUGCGGGCUGGAGCAGCAGGCUGCCAUGGCCCGCCACCUCCGCACCAUCCUAGGGGACAUGCUGGUGACACAGGCGCUGGACUCCCCAAAUCCUGAGGAGCUGCCUUCCCCAGAGCAGCUGAAGGGCCGGGUCCUGGUGAAGGGGAAGAAGCUGCCUGCUGCUCGGAGCGAGGAUGGCCGGGCUCUGUCGGACAGGGAGGAGGAGGAGGACGAUGACGAAGAGGAAGAAGAGGAGGCGGAGACUGCAGCACAGAGGCGGCUGGCUAAGCAGAUCUCCCCGGAGCUGUCGGCCCUGGUCGUGUACUGCCACGCCACCCGCCUGCGGACCCUGCACCCUGCCCCCGACGCCCCGCAGCCCUGCCAGGUCAGCUCCCUCAGCGAGCGCAAAGCCAAGAAACUCAUCCGGGAAGCAGGGAACAGCUUCGUCAGGCACAAUGCCCGCCAGCUGACCCGCGUGUACCCGCUGGGGCUGCGAAUGAACUCGGCCAACUAUAGUCCCCAGGAGAUGUGGAACUCGGGCUGUCAGCUGGUGGCCUUGAACUUCCAGACGCCAGGCUACGAGAUGGACCUCAAUGCCGGCCGCUUCCUGGUCAAUGGGCAGUGUGGCUACGUCCUGAAACCUGCCUGCCUGCGGCAACCUGACUCGACCUUUGACCCUGAGGACCCGGGACCUCCCAGAACCACUCUCAGCAUCCAGGUGCUGACUGCACAGCAGCUGCCCAAGCUGAACGCCGAGAAGCCACAUUCCAUUGUGGACCCCCUGGUGCGCGUUGAGAUCCAUGGGGUGCCCGCAGACUGUGCCCGGCAGGAGACUGACUAUGUGCUCAACAAUGGCUUCAACCCCCACUGGGGGCAGACCCUGCAGUUCCAGCUGCGGGCUCCGGAGCUGGCGCUGGUCCGGUUUGUGGUGGAAGAUUAUGACGCCACCUCCCCCAAUGACUUUGUGGGCCAGUUUACACUGCCUCUUAGCAGCCUAAAGCAAGGGUACCGCCACAUACACCUGCUUUCCAAGGACGGGGCCUCACUGUCACCAGCUACGCUGUUCAUUCAAAUCCGCAUCCAGCGCCCCUGAGGGCCCAGCUCACCCGCCCUGGGGUUCUGCGAGUGCCAGUCCACAUCCCCUGCAGAGCCCUCUCCUCUGGAGUCAGAUGGUGGGAGUACCAGCCCCCAGCCCACCCACUUGGCCCACUCAGCCCAUUCACCAGGCGCUGGUCUCACCUGGGUGCUGAGGGCUGCCUGGGCCCCUCCUGAAGAAUCAACAGGUGCUCAUGUGACUUCAGUGAGCUCCAACCCUGAGGCCCUGAGAUGGCCCCAGCUCCUGUCCUCAGCCUACCCCUCAUUGUGACUUAUGAGGAGCCAAGCCUGUUGCUGCCAGGAGACUUGGGGAGCAGGACACCUGUGGGCCCUCAGUUCCCCUCUGUCCUCCCGUGGGCCAUCCCAACCUCCUUCCCCCAGAGGAGAACAGUCCACCCCACUUGGCCCGGACCCCGGGCUUAGCCCCUACGCCCUCCUUUACCCUAGGCCUUCCUGGACUCCUCCCUCCAGCUCUGGAACCUGAGUUCCCCUUCCCUUCUCAAAGCAAGAAGGGAGCGCUGAGGCAUGAAGCCCUGGGGAAACUGGCAGUAGGUUUUGGUUUUUAUUUUUUGAGACAGGGUCUCGCUCCAUCGCCCAGGCUGGAGUGCAGUGUUGCAAUCACGGCUCACUGCAGCCUUGAACUCCCAGGCUCAAGCGAUCCUCCCAUCUCAGCCUCCUGAGUAGCUGGGACUACAGACACAGGCCACCACACCUGGCUAAUUUUUAAAUUUUAUGUAGAGAUGGGGGGGACUCCCUAUGUUGCCCAGGCUGGUCUCGAGCUCCUGACCUCAAGUGAUCCUCCUGCCCCGACAUUCCAAAGUGCUGGGAUUACAGGUGUGAGCCACUGCCCCGGCCUAGCAGUAGGUUUGUAACUGUUUCAUAGAAGAGCCCUGGAGAAGACAGUAGAAUGAGCCUAUCUAGUUUAAAAAAUAAAGAAGCUCAUUUAUUUUACC